UGGGAGAGCUCCGUCCGCCCCACCGGAGGCGGUGCCGGCCCCGGCGGCCCCGAGAGCCCCGCGGCGCGGCUCCCUCCAAUCGCGGGCCCGGGGCGGGGCCCAGCGGUGACAUUGAGCAGCGCCCAGCGGGCCCGAGGCAGCGCCAUGUGGGGCCGCGCCGAUAGGGCUAUUAAACUGCUGGGAAGAAAUAUUCCCUCAGUUCUGAGACUGACUGAGGGAGUGGACCUGAAGAUAAGCAGAAGGCUGUGCAUUAAACCCCAGCAAGACCUUCAGCCAAAGGGUCGAUCUGCUUCGGGGGUGCCUGGGUACAAGCCCACAGAGUGGGACAGGAGGUUUCUGUUGUGGGCAGGUCACUUCAAAAAGCCAGAGGAUAUACCAGAGACUGUCUCGCUUGACACGGUGAGAGCAGCAAAGACCACGCUGCGUGUGAAGUUCAGCUAUGUCAUGAUUGCCUUGACAAUAGUGGGAUGCAUCAUCAUGGUGAUCAGAGGGAAGGAGGCCAUGAAAAGACAUGAAUCUCUUACGAAAAUAAACUUGGAGAAGAAAGCCCAGUGGAAAGCAGAAGGUGCAUCUGCUAAACCGUAGAGGAGGAAAUGAAGAGAUCAGGGAUUGAGGUGGAAAAGCAAAGGAGAUCAUCACAGCUUUUCUGUAUGUUAGUUCUGUCCACUCACGUUCAAGAAAGAAUGAAUAUGUUUUCCUGUUAUCAAUAAAACCAGAAAUGCCUA